AUGUUGCUGGAACGAGGUGCCGAUGUCAACGCCCAGGGUGGAGAGUACGGCAAUGCACUUCAAGCCGCAUCCUCAAGAGGCCACCAAGAGAUAGUCCAGAUGUUACUAGAACGAGGCGCCGAUAUUGACGCCCAGGGUGGAAAGUAUAGCAAUGCACUUCAAGCCGCAUCCUCAAGAGGCCACCAAGAGAUAGUCCAGAUGUUGCUGGAACGAGGUGCCGAUGUUAACGCCCAGGGUGGAGAGAAGGUAGGCAGCGUGACCGAAAAAGGAUUGGUUAUAGCUCCUCAGGAUUACUGGGCCACGGCUUUGAAAUCAGCCGUUAAAGAAAUGCUGCAAAUGAAAAAGAAAACCGGCCAGCGAGUUCGACCUGAAGGCACGGCUGUCACUGUUAAAGCAAGCGACCGGUCUCAGCAAAAUCUGGAACUAUUCUGUGCUGCUACCAUUGACUGGAAGUCGGUGGAGAAGCAGUUACGUAAAUGGAGUAAUUUAGUCCGAAUGGGCAAAAUACUUACAAUUGACAUUGUGUUUCACUAUAGGGGCGAUGAUGUAGUGCCGCAGAAAAUCGAAAAGAGAGGCCGUGUGUCAGUAACUAGCAGAAUGUUGGUAGAGCGCAAGAGAUAG